CUCAUCACAGAGUGCAGAGAGAGUUCAAGAGCGCCAGCGUGCGUUUAACUACAAUUAAGGGGAGUGGAAACAUGUUGGGGGAAGUAUCCAGUUCGUCACUUUUCUUCUAGACUGCCCAAGUGUUAGACUUGCUUUUUUUUUGGGUGACUUUUCUUUGUGUGUCUGGCAAUUAAAGAGAACUUGCUUACAGCAAGAGAAGAGAGCAGUGCACAGGGGUUAGGAGACAGGAGAGAGACUCCUCUACGCACCAUGAGGAAAGAAGACUUUGACAAUCAGAGGUUGGAUGAAGUUGGGCCUUUGUGCUGCAUGUCUGGUAGUAAUUAUGGAAGUAAAGGGAAGAGGAUUAAGGUGCUGUCCUACCCAUUGGGCACAUUGGUGGGAUUGGUGCUGUUGGUCAUCCUCCCGCUUGGAGAAACCAUAAAACAAAGUGUCCCUAGGGUCAUACUCAGCUACAGAGAUCUGUUACAAGCCAGCAGUGUAUCUGUGUUUUUGGGCCCGUCUGAUGGCCUUCAUUCUCACACUCUGCUCUUGGAUGAGGAAAGAGGUCAUCUUCUUCUCGGCACUAAGGAUCACGUCUACCUGCUUGACCCUGACAACCUGGCUAGAGGACCCAGAAAGAUUACCUGGCCUGCUUCCCGUGACAGAGUGGAAACGUGCAAACAUGCAGGCAAGGAUUUAAACUUGGAGUGUGGCAACUUUGUCAGAGUCCUUCACAACUACAACCGAACACACAUCUAUGCCUGCGGUACCGGAGCCUUCCACCCAAACUGCGCUUUCAUUGAAAUCACUGGGAACCGAGAGGAUGGAGUGUUCCAAAUUCUGCCUGGUACAGUGGAGUCUGGGAGGCUGAAAUGCCCUUUUGAUCCGUGGCAGCCGUUCACCUCAGUCCUCACAGACCAAUACCUGUAUGUGGGCACAGCUUCAGACUUCUUGGGUAAAGACAUGACCUUCACACGCUCCCUUGGCCCUCCUCCUGACCAGCACUACAUACGCACUGACAUCUCUGAAGACUACUGGAUCAAUGAGGCCAGGUUUAUAUAUGCUCAUCCCAUUGCAGACACCUACAAUCCAGAUGAUGAUAAGAUCUACUUUUUCUUCCGCGAGGUGUCGUGGGAAGGCAAAGACAAGAGCAUUGUGUCCCGUGUGGCUCGUGUUUGCAAGAAUGAUGAGGGUGGGCUGAGGAGUCUGACCAACAAAUGGACCACUUUCCUCAAGGCCAGGCUUGUGUGUUCGAUCCCUGGAUCGGACGGAGUAGACACGCACUUUGACGAGCUCCAGGACGUCUUUCUGCUUCCCAGCAGAGAUGACAAAAACCCUGUUGUGUACGCGGUCUUCACCACCUCCAGUGCCAUUUUUCGAGGGUCAGCGGUGUGCGUGUACAGCAUGGCAGACAUCAGAGCGGUCUUCAACGGGCCGUACGCCCACAAGGAGGGGCCCGACCACAAGUGGGUGGAAUACGAAGGACGUAUACCGUACCCUCGUCCAGGAACGUGUCCCAGCAAAACAUAUGAUCCAAGGAUCAAGACCACCAAAGAUUUUCCAGACGAGGUGGUCAGUUUUAUUCGUUUCCACCCUCUGAUGCACGGCUCUGUUUACCCUCUGACCGGCCGGCCUGUCUUCGUGCGUGCUCAAGUUGACUACACUGUGACACAGAUUGUGGUGGACAGAGUUUUAGCAGAGGAUGGACAAUAUGAGGUCAUGUUCCUGGGAACAGAUGUUGGCUCAAUUCUGAAGGUGGUGAGCAUCACGCAGGAGAACUGGCUGACUGAAGAAGUUGUGCUGGAAGAACUUCAAGUGUUCCAGGUUGCGACUCCCGUUCUCAGCAUGGAGAUGUCUUCCAAACAGCAAACGCUGUAUGUGGGUUCCAGCGAGGGACUUGCCCAAGUUUCUGUCAGUAGAUGUCACUUGUAUGGCCAAGCCUGUGCUGAGUGCUGCCUGGCACGAGACCCCUACUGUGCCUGGGAUGGACACACAUGCUCACGGUACAUCCCUGCAUCCAAGAGGCGAGCCAGGAGACAGGACAUCAAACAUGGUGACCCUUUCAGUCAGUGCUGGGAUACAGAAGAGAGUCUUGGUGGAGAGCGUGUGGAGGAGAGGAUUGUCUUUGGUGUGCAGAGCAAUGCCACCUUCCUCGAAUGUAUCCCUAAAUCCCAACAAGCGCGGAUCCACUGGUACAUGCAGAAACCUGGAUCCGAAAAAGGGAUGGAGAUCAGACCGGAUGAUCGCAUUAUCCACACAGAUCGAGGACUCCUUAUUCGCUCCCUACACGCCUCGGAUGCUGGAGUGUAUGUGUGUGUGGCUCAAGAACACACAGACUUUACUCACACACUCAUGCGUAUCACACUGCAGCUUGUUAAUAACGGGCAGCUGCUUGGAAGGCCAAAGCCCGGCGAGGACCCUACAGCUGAUUUACGCCGCAGUGCUGAGUCCCGCCAGCGCUAUAAAGACUACCUGAGAGUGAUGAGUUCUCCUUUCGGCUCUCUGGAGGAGUACUGUGACUCGCUGUGGUUGGAGAAGAGGCCCUCUAGAGUGCGAGCACGAGGCCAGGGAGGCGGCAAAUGGAAACACUUCCAGGAGAUGAAGAAGAGUCGGAACAGGAGGCACCAUCGAGAAAGAGAGGAGGAGAGAGAGAGAAUGGAGCGAGUGCUGGGAGAAAGAACUGCAGAGGUCAGAAGGAUGUGGUGAAUUUACAGCGUUUGCAGGCUGGAUGAUGGAGCAAAAGAACUGCUGAAGUUGCAAUGACAGAUCAGUCCACGAGCAAGUCAAAUCUGACUGUCCAACAAGUCAAUUUAAACUUUCAAAUAUGAAUUGUGUUGGAAAAUUGAAAUAUCUUGUCCAGAUCCGCUUUUUGUCAGUUUGCCGGGAUGAAGACAAAUGAUAUAUAGUGUGUUUACAGCAUUGCAUGCUUUUACAUCCCUUUCGCGUUGGAGCAAGAGAUUUCUUGCAGAUGUGCUACAUGAUGUGGUCUUUUCAAUAUGGGUUCACACCUACCCAAAACACACUAUAACCGCUGACAGCAAUGUAAAUGUUGAAGGUUUUGAGCCAUGGAAUGUCGACAUUUUGAAAGAAUUUUGCAAAAUAGGUGGGAAAUGGAAAAAGAACUUGUGGCCAUAGUUUAUGCACUCACACUAAAAAAUGCCCCCAUACUAUAAACAAAAGAAGACGAAGGAGAGCUCAUUAAAAAAGAUACAUAUAGUCUUUAGUGACUGUUGUCAGGUGACAAUUCCCAAUGUGUUUGAACUGUCAAAAAAGUUUGAGAAAAUGAGACAUCGGCAAUAAUCAAAUGUUCCCCCUCUAUGUAGAUAUUAAAGACUAUCUCAUAUGGAAAGACAAAACUUGCAUGGCAAGCAACACACAGGGUACACAAACUGAGAUCUGUCCAUUUCUAGUUAAAUUUUUUUAUAUAUAAAUGGUCUAAAUUCUGUAUGCCGGUGUCGCAGACCGAACGGUCCCCCCCCCUAAAAAUUGGUCUGGCCUGCCUUCACUGCACAUGCGUCAUUUUGGACCACA